UACUACUCCUAGUUUCCUACUUGUCUCUCUAUCCUUGCGAAUUUAGGGGGAAAAAAUCACAGUAAAACUCCCACUUUUUCUCCCUCUUUCGUCUCUCAACUUUUGGUCUCACUGCUUACUUCUUCAGAUCUGCAACUCUUACCGCCGUAACGUUGACGCAGGUGGCACUCAACACCACCAAGUUUUACCCACUCGUCGCAAAUACCCAGCAGCAUGGUAACUGGAAAUUCUCAGGAAGAUGGAGAGAGGAACCCCAAAGGAACUACCCGGUCAUGGGGCACUGCUGCCUCAGCACAGUCAGUAUCAACUAGUGGGAGUGUGGGCUCACCAUCUAGCCGCGAAGCUGGUAUGGCAACACCAGCUCGUGACAGCACUGUUCUUAGACUAAGCCAUCUUGAGAUCCAUGGUGAUGAUUCUGCCUCUCAGGGUGCUGUUGUGAGCAAGAAGAAAAAAAGAGGUCAACGUGCAACUGGAACUGAUAAAAGUGGUCGUGGACUUCGACAGUUUAGUAUGAAAGUCUGUGAGAAGGUGGAGAGCAAAGGAAGGACAACAUACAAUGAGGUAGCAGAUGAGCUAGUUGCUGAAUAUGCAGAUGCAAGAGAUGCAAGUAAUGCUCUUGGGGCUAAUGACCAGCAAGGAUAUGAUGAGAAAAACAUUCGUCGAAGAGUGUAUGAUGCGUUGAAUGUUCUAAUGGCUAUGGAUAUAAUUUCUAAGGAUAAAAAGGAAAUUCAAUGGAGAGGUCUGCCUCGAACAAGCUUGAACGAUAUAGAGGAGUUAAAGAUAGAACGGGUAGGUUUGAGAAAUAGGAUAGAAAAGAAAGCUGCAUACUUGCGAGAACUUGAGGAACAGUUCGUAGGAUAUCAAAACCUUAUACAGCGUAACCAACAGUUGUAUGGCCAUGGGAAUGCUCCUACUGGUGGUGUGGCUUUACCUUUUAUUCUGGUUCAGACCAGACCAAAUGCUACUGUUGAAGUGGAAAUAUCAGAAGAUAUGCAGCUUGUGCAUUUUGAUUUCAAUAGUACCCCUUUUGAACUUCAUGAUGACAACUACGUUUUGAAGCAAAUGAAAUUUAGCGACAAGCCUCCAUUUGAUGGCCGGACUUGCAAUACUCCGCCUAAUGCAGGUGAAGGUCCUAGUAUGACUAGUGCAUAUGACCCUCAAUUCUCCCAGCCAUCAUCACCAAAACCUUACCAUAACCAAUUAUCUCAGCCACCAUCGUCGCCAAAACCAUUUCAACCAAAAACUUGUACAUCCCCAUCACCAUCAAACACCUACCAACCUCAAAUGUCAUUGCCACCCUCACGGCCAAAUACAUCAUCAAAUACCCCAACAUCUCCUCCCCUUCCUGGAAUACUUAAAGCCCGUGUGCAGCAUGACCGAUAAGUCAGAGCUGUUGAACUUCCUCCAUCUUACCUUCUUAUCUCUGUGUAUAAGUGUUUACUAAAUGUGGCAGUAUGCCAUCACACUCUCAAUAUGGCGGUUUCAGCUAGAGGGAGGUAUUGUUUAGGAGUGACGCCAAACUAAGCUAGUCUUCUUUACUGCAGAUUCAUAGGAUAUAAUAUUUAGUUUGGGUAAUUCUUCUUGUGAAAUAUUCCGUCUUCUCUUUCCUGUGUAGUGAAAGUUUAGGUGUGUUAAACAUGGAAGAAUUCAGAAGAUAUGUUGCUUUUAAAUUAUUACUGGAUGGAGAUGAUAUUUCUUCAGGACAUUUUCUGAAUUCCA